AUCGCUUGGAUAUCUGCUUGCUCGGUGGGCGCUGUAGUAGCAGAUUUGUUAGCAGUCUUGCUAGUCAAGUUAGCACUCAUGCUAGUUAGCGAUUUUCGGGAGUCGUUCUUCCUCUUCUCUUGAGGUUUCAUGUUACCAGCAGAGAUUCGAUCACCGACAAUCGGAGCACAAUGCAUGCUUUCCCUGGUUUGCAUAUUGGAACUACAACAGCCUCCUUCCAACUUUGUGUGUCCACACUGUUGAACCUGCGUCUGAGUGAGUCCGACUCUGGGAAGAUGGUGUGAGAGCUGGAGCUUCCCGGCAGCGUGCUGAUCGUCCCCCAGGCCACGCUGGGCUGGAAGGCCAAAGGCAGGGCCAUGCAGUACCACAACAACAUCAGCAAAGAGGACGGACUGCGGCUCUACGGAGACUUUGUUUCUCUGUGUGAGAAGGAACUGACGGCUGCUUCAGCUGAAGUGACGGUGAAACACGGGACGUAUGGAAACAGACAAGUGCUGAAGCUCGACACCAACGGACCCUACACACAUCUGAUGGAGUUCUGAGACAUGAAGCUUUGCUAGUGCCAUCAUGGAGGUCCAAAUGGUCUCUAAAUUCAUGUGUAAAUAUCUAUAACUGAGGCUGGAAACAGUACCUAAGACUUUAUGUAUUGAUAUUUGAUGUAUGCAUUUUUUAAAUCAACAAAAUUACACUGGACUAUGUCACAGUUUUUUGUGUAAUCCUUUUAGGAGUCUUAAAAAUAUGCUCAGAAGGCCACAAAGUGUUCAUAAACUCUGCAGUAAACAUACCUGCUGAAUGCAUAGUAACAUCUGUUAAAGUUUGUAGAGGAGGAAUGAGGGUCUGGUGCUGUUUCCCUGGUUACAGUGAAGGGAAAUCAAAAUGCUUCGAGCAUACAAUGAUAUGUUAGACAAUGGGUUUGUGUCAACAGUUUACAGAAGGCCAUUUCCUGUUUCAACAUGACAACACUAGGGUAAGGGAUUAUAAUAUAACAAGGGAAAUUAUUCCACGAGGGAUUACACUGCAAAAAAAUGCAUCAUGUUUUAUAUAUUCAUCAUACGCUUUAUACAUAAACUACA